CCGGUGGUGAAGAUGGCUGCCUGCAUGAAUUAGAUGUUUUUUGGGGGAAUUGAUAUUAUUGCCGCCAUGGAUGAGCCCGAGCCCGGCCCGGCGGACGGAGAGGAGAGGGCGGUGGAGCUGAGACCGCAGACCCGCUCGAACCCCGAGGGCGCGGAGGACCGCCGCAGCAGCAAUCCCCAGCCCGCGGUGGGCAGCAGGAGCGAGGGCGAAGGCGAGGCGUCCGCCAGCGACAGCCCGCCCAGCGCUGCUGCUGCCGCCAGCGCCUCUGCGGCCGGGGCUGCUGCCGCCAGCGCUGCCAACGCGGCUGCCAAGGAGAGACCCAAAGCGGCGCAGUCCUCCCCCGCACCCCCGGCCCCCACCACCGACUUCCAGCUGAGGGCACCUCGAGUGAACUGUCCAGAGAAAGUGAUAAUAUGUCUUGACCUGUCAGAGGAGAUGUCACUGCAGAAGCUUGAGUCUUUCAAUGGAUCGAAAACCAACGCCCUGAAUAUCUCACAGAAGAUGAUAGAGAUGUUUGUGAGAACAAAACACAAGAUUGACAAGCGCCAUGAGUUUGCCCUGGUCGUGGUCAAUGAUGAUGCCUUGUGGUUGUCUGGCUUCACAUCGGAUCCCAGGGAGCUGUGCAGCUGCCUCUAUGACUUGGAGACAAAUGUCUGCGAGUCUUUUAAUCUUGAGGACCUUUUAAAUUUGAUCCUCCAAAAGAUUGAGCUGCCGCAGAUGGAGAACGUGCAGACCAUCCCACCCCCCUACGUGGUGAGGACCCUGCUCAUCUACAGCCGACACGCCGGACAGCAGCAGUUCAGCCCUUCGGAGGCUGUCAAUAAGAUGCUACAGUCUCCCUAUUUCUUCUUUGAUGUGGUGUACUUGCACAAUGGAGCGGAGGAGCAGAACGACGAGUGCAGCUGGAAGGAUGUGUACACCUCCUUCUGUGACCUGGACACCAAGGGCACCUGCUACCAGUUUGAAGUCUCGCUGUGCGGCCCUGCGAUCGAGCUGCACAACUGCAUGGCCAAGCUGCUCUCCCACCCCUUACAGAGGCCCUUCCAGAGCCACGCCUCCUACAGCCUCCUGGAGGGCGAGGAGCUUCAGGAGAUCGAAGCCACAGUGUGACAGAAGCGGUGGAGGACCAGGCUGUGGGGGAACUGUGCAUCCAGCAUGUUGGCAACAUGUUUCCAUCUUGACUUUGAUGGCUUGCAUUAGGAAA